AGAAAGAGAGAGAUAGAGACAGACAGACAAAGAGAGUGAAGAAGAGAUAAGAAAAUCGUAGAAUAAAAAAAAAAAAAAAAGAGAGAGAAACGAACUGAAGGAAUAAAGUGUAAUAUUCCGCUGUCGAUAUGAUUCCUGCUGACUGGACGUGACAGCGAGAGAGGAUGAGCCUGCUAAAGACGUCGCUUCCUGCUCAGGCCCUCCUCCUGCUGUUACUCCUGCUGAACAACACCUGCUCAGGAUGGGCGCUGCAUCGACGAGGAGGCCACGCCUGGUGGUUGGAGUCGCCCCGCCCCUAUUUCGCUUCCACCACGCCCACCAACCUCACCGUCGUGUCAGGCCAGACGGCUUACCUGCCUUGUCGGGUGCACAUGCUCGGGGAGAAGUCGGUGACGUGGAUGAGAGGGAGGGACCUGCACAUACUGACUGUGGGCGAACUCACCUAUUCUGCCGACGAGCGAUUUCAGGUCCUCCACACGCCUGAAACAGAAGACUGGACGCUGCAGGUGAGUGCCACUAGGCCCUGGGACUCCGGGACCUACAAGUGCCAAGUCAACUCACAUCCCAAGAUCUUCAAAGACGUCAAUCUCAGCGUCAUGGAUAGACGUCGGCUGGACAAUAGGUUAUACAGACUCCCAGCAGCUGAUCCUGAGCACGGGGAAUACGCCACCCGCAUUGUGGGGGAAUCGUCUCGCUACCUACAAGCAGGGUCGUCGCUCGCGCUAGAGUGUGUCGUCACCCACACACACGACCCUCCACCAGCGCUCCUCUGGUUCCGUCAACAGCGUCUUCUGGACUACGACUCACCAAGGGGAGGGAUCGCUAUUAUGCUGGAGAAGACGCGGGAGAGGACAACAUCCCGCCUCAUGAUGUCUUCGGUGCAGGUGUCCGAUUCUGGAAAUUACACCUGCGUGCCAAUUCGAGCGCCACCGGCAUCUGUGUCCGUGCACGUGACCACAGGGGAGAUGCGGGCGGCCAUUCAGCAAAGUGAGUACAGUAACGCCCAGACUGUGAGUCAUGACGCCUCGCGCUUCCUCACUCUCACCUUCGUGGGAGUUUAUACUUGGCAUCGAUAUGUGAUCCCGCUUUCCUAACUUUGACGCUAAUAUUAUUGGUGUUAUGUUGAAAUAAGUAUGGUGUCAACAUCUGUACUUGCGUACUGAACUGGGAACACAUUAUGGCAAUUAUGGCAAUGAUGACGCCCUAUGGCUCGGAGACGAUACUCCUUGUACAGUAUGUCUUUCUUUACCUUUGAAAAGCCCAAUACACCAAUUUGGUUUAUUGAAGGUGAGACUGUAUAAUGUAUAAUGUAACAUUUGUCGUACUGAUAAAAAAGUAAACUUUAUGUCUACUUAUAAUAAUGAUGUAAAUGGUAUAUUUACAAAACAAUAAUACCUGCUGAAUUCAUUGAUAAUAUUACUACACAUUUGGCGCAUUAGGGAACAUACCUCAAGAACACUUACUUAACACACACAUCAUACACGCACUUGCUACAUUCACACUACAAUAAUGACUCAACAUGUAAUGAGUCUAUAACAGAAUAUAAUGCUUAUGGUUGAAAAAAAGAUAUUCAACCCACAUUUCAAGAAGUGAUGUAACAGGGAAAUUUUCCUGAUGCAUA